UAAGUUUGUAGAAUUUUGGGGUGAGCACUCGCCAUAUGAACGUGUCUCAGGGUGAACAACCUUCCCCACAUGCAUUCCAUAAUGUUAACAAGGUGCAGGACAAAGUUCAGACUCGAAAUUUCCUAAGCUUCGCAAUUCCUGAACAUACGCACUAAUCGCAUUGAGCGAGACCACUCCCCCUCCAUCAAUGCUCAGAACUUACUCCAAGUGACAAUAGAUAAACAUUCUGGCCUCUCUGAAGAUGGUGCCCACGUUACUGAGUGUUGUAAUUGUCGGUCUUGGUUUUCAAAUAUCAGGUGCCGAAAGGUUAAGUAAAAUCCACGUGUCUCCUACGACAGGUUUUUUUGAAGACGAGUUGGGACGAACCAGAUUGUUCCGCGGGAUCAACUCUGUGGUCAAGAAACAUCCUUGGUAUGAUCCUCAAAUGCUUGAUCCCAAACGAGUGCAAGAGCUAUCAGACUUGGGAUUCAAUGUGAUUCGAUUAGGAACAAUGUGGACCGGAGUAAUGCCUGAAAGCUCCAAGCUUGUCAACCAGACCUACGUUAAAGCCUUGAAGACCAUGGCCCAUGGGUUUGCUCAAUCUGGAAUGUACACAUUGCUGGAUAUGCAUCAAGACUUACUCUGGAAGGUUCAAGCUCGAGACGACGUCGGAACUUACUGGGGCGUUCCACCUUGGCUCAAACAUCUGGUUCAACCUCACGAGAAAUUGUUCCCUUGGCCUUUGGAGCAAAUUGGAGCUUGGCCUUGCGGAUACCUGACUCAAGAAAUUAGUCGCGGUUUCCAAAGCAUCUACGACAACAAGAACGGAACUGCUCGUUGGUUGUCGGUGUUUUGGAAGCACAUGGCAUCAAUUUUCAAAGCUGACUCUCACAUUCUCGGCUAUGAACUGAUCAAUGAACCUUGGGCCGGGGACAUUUUCUCCGAUCCAUCCCUACUUUUGCCAGGCGUGGCGGGGAGAAAGAACUUGGAACCUCUUUAUCAACAACUUCACACGGUGAUCAGAGAACAAGAUGACGAGACCUUGAUCUUCUGGGAACCCGUCACGUGGGCUUAUACUUUUCCAGGGUCGUCCCACGGAUUAAAGGACGUCAUUCUUGAAGCCUUCUUCAAAAAUAUCAAAUCCUAUGAGUUAUCUAUGUUGAUUCAAGCCUUCUGUGGAACCAAGUCUGACACCAAUAAUUCCGAAUUGUCGAAUUUCAUACAAAACCUAAUGCAUUCUGUAACACGCAACGUGACAUACCAAUUUUCUAAAGGUUUGGGAGCCAAACCUUCAGUAUUUGGAACUGGCUUUCAAACAGUUCCAGGUGGACCAGAUUAUCGAAACCGAACAGUGAUGUCUUGGCAUUAUUAUUGCUGGGCCUGGGGAUUCAAUGGAGGCAAUGCAGAACCGUUUGAUCCACUCAUCAGAGAUCUUUGCGACAAUUUCUUGGGUCCACUUGAGUUCCAAACUGUUCAAGAUCGAACCGAAGAGGUAGGGGGAAGUGGACGAAUGUUGACUGAAUUCGGCCUUUGCACUCCUGAUAUCACACAACAACAUUCCAAAGGCUUCAUCGAAUGCAACUUUGUCAUCGAAUCGGCCGAUAAACAAUUUGAAUCGUGGAUCUAUUGGGACACGGCGCCGGGAAACCAAGUAUUAUGGGAUGAAAAAGGGCACUUGAUCCCUGAUCGAGCUGCUGUGUUCUCUCGUCCAUACCCGAGGGCUAUUGAUGGAAUUCCGACUCUUUUGAGGUUUGAUAUCAAUACAAAAGUAUUUCGAUUCGAAUUUUGGUCCGAAUUGAGAUUCGGUGUCUAUACCGAGGUCUUCAUUCCGCCUUUGCAUUAUCCGAAUGGGAACUACAGAGUGGAUCUCAGUCCGCAACUCAUUUGGCUCAAGGAUUCCAAGAAUGUAAAUGUUAUCAAGAUGUCACGAAACCCGACAAUUCCACAAGCAAAAUCCCCUCAAUCGUAUUUCGUUGAAAUAACUCCUUUCGUUUGAUAUCAAUUAGAAGGGUAUUAAAGUGAUUUAUUUUUUCUUAACAACUUGUUCCAUAGCGCCAUUCACUUUUUUCCAGUAAUUUUAUAAAUAGUAGUCUAAGGAGAAGACCGAAACUCUUUCAGAAAUAAACUUACCAAACUCCAUCAUUCAGAUUGAUAAGAGCUUUCUUUCGAUUUU